AGAAGCAUCAGUUGAUCUUGCUAAUUGGAUCAAUACAACACAGACCACAAUGUUCAAGCUGGUGGUGUUGUUCUCCGCUCUUGCCUUGGCUGCUGCCAAACCUGGGGUUGUGCCAUUAGCUUAUAGCUAUGGCUAUCCUCUUUCAUCUGUAAGCUCUGUAUCUCAAUACAGUAGUGACGUGGUUCAUGGAUCGCCCCUAGUUGCAGGAGUACCUGCCGUUUACGGAAGUUAUGUACCAGCACUCUACCCACAGUCUGUAGUUUCUGGAGUUGCCUUGGCCCAACCUCCCAACUCUCCAGCUGUAGUUUUGGAUGGAGUCAACGGUGUACCUCUAGAUACUCCCGAAGUAGUCGCCGCUCGUGCAGCCCACUAUCAAGCCAAAGCCCUUAAUGUUCACCACCUCAAAAAACGGUCAGUUUCCCCUGUAUCUUACAGUGCAGUUGUAGCUCCAGUAGUACCCAAUGUAGUUUCCCCUCUGUCUUACUCUUCUUUGGUGUCUUCCUACCCGGCUCCUUAUGUAGCCAGCUAUCCAUCUGCUGUAGCGUCUUAUGGAUAUUCCUCUUUAUUACCAAAAGCAUACUCCGUUCAUCCCUGGUAAAUGAAAUAAAACAAAUCAACCGUUGUCUGAUGAUGACCUUAAAAUUAUGAUUGUAAACACUGCCAUAAUAAAUAAAUAGUUUGAAUGCAAUUUAAA